AUGCUUGCUCACGAUUUUCUGAAGAAAGAUGAUCGAUCCUUUACGCCGACCGCUUCAUCAAGAUCAGCAUGGUACUUUCUCGCGUUAGUCGGAGCGAAAUUGUUGCGAUGUAUUGGGAUUUUCUUUAUCGACAUCCUCUCCAAAUCGCUGCAUGUCGUCUCAUUGCUGUGGCUAUUCAAAUUGAUAUCAAGUCUGAUGAUGAUCCCUCUGCAGAAGCCGUUCACAACCGGGAAACAUUUGAGGAAAGCGACGUUAGCUCGAAUCGGCCGAUUGUCUUUAUGGAAUUGCCUCAUUGAGAUGUUGUGGUUUUACGGGAUCACUUUUUGUGGACCAUUGAGAUCUGUGCUCGUCUUUGAACUCUCGCCAUCGGUGAUCUUGAUAGCGAUUGCUUCAAUAUUUAAGUCCGAUGGAUCACCCUCGAAAACGCGUGGCCUUUUCUUUUUGCUCAUCGGUUUCGUGUCGUUGAUGUUGAUGGAUAAGGAUAGCUCGAUCGAGGAUGAACAUACUAAACAACACGCGCAUCACUCGGGCCUCAAUCAUCUCUUCUAUCAUGUGAUCGGGAUGUUCGGGGUGGCCGAUCAUCAAGGAGGCGUCGUCAUUCUGGUGUUGGCGUUAUUGCUGAGGAUUGGCUACGAUUCAUCGUUCCGGCACAUGGCUGUCGAGUUGGGCGGUGCGAAGCGGCUGUACUCGUUGGUGACUCUCUUCUCGGCGCUCAUCUUGAUGCCACUUGGAUUGCUGUUAAUCGUUAUGGACACUUCUCACAUCGACGCAUGGGGUUCGUUCAUCUUUUUGAUUGUGCUGGCUACGCUUUUCGUGACGAUCCUCGAUUUCUACGCUGAAGCUAUCUGUUUCCAGCACGUUGCCGAUCCAGUAAUGGCUGCAGCUCGUUGGUCUCCAGUUACGAUGUUCUCUUGUGCGCUCACAUUGGCACUCAUUUGGUACUCUGGAAGGGCAACACACGCGGUGACCGGGGGAGUGAUUGUUACGUUUUUCGCUUUCAUGUUGGGCUCGAUCUCACUCACCACUUCUUCGACUCCCCGCUCGCGUGGCGGUCAUUUCGUUGGAAUCUCGGAUGCCGGCUUACCCCUAUUCACUCACGGAGAGGCUUUCUUACAGAGGACGAGUCGAUCGAUGAUGCUUUUCUUUAAGGAGACACUUCGAGAGAUUUUGGCCAAUAACGACUCGCGACGAAUCUUCUGGUUCCUUUGCGUCAACUUGGGCUUUUGCGGAGUUGAAUUCAUGUACGGAUUUUGGACGAACUCGCUUGGGUUGAUCUCCGAUGGUUUUCACAUGCUAUUCGAUUGUUCGGCUUUGGUAAUGGGACUGGUCGCGUCGGUGAUGUCUCGAUGGCCGGCAACGAAGAAUUACACAUACGGAUUCGGGCGAGUAGAGGUACUUUCUGGUUUCAUCAACGCUCUCUUCUUGUGUGUGAUCGCGAUGUUUAUUCUGAUUGAGGCGUUGGAGCGACUAUUCGAUCCACCAAAUAUCAACACGGAUAAAUUAUUGUUUGUUGCCGUGUCCGGAUUGAUCGUGAACCUCUUCGGAAUGUACUCAUUUCAUGGAGGAGAUGGAGAACAUGGGCAUUCACACCAUGGACACUCGCACGGAGGUGGAUCACAUGGGCACAGUCACGCGAACGCCAACAUGGAGGGUGUCUUCUUGCAUGUGCUCGCCGACACGUUGGGCUCAGUGUUCGUCAUCAUAUCGACGUUACUCAUUCAGUGGUUUGGUUGGACGUGGGUUGAUCCGUUGUGUUCACUCAUCUUGUCACUUCUCAUCCUUGGCUCCGUUUAUCCAUUGUUGACCUCAUCAGCGAAGACGUUAUUACAGAACAUUCCUGACGAGUUUGAUGAGGAAUUCGAGUACCAUUUGUCUGAGGCGCUUGAGGUUGAUGGUGUCGAGAGCUACUCUCAAGCGCAUUUCUGGCAACUGAAGAGUGAUUUGAAUGUGGCAUCGGUGCAUGUACACGUGAAAGAUGAGGCGAAUGCACAAAUGAUACGGAAUAAGGUACUCGCUUUGUUGAAAGCCGCCGGUGCCACUCAAUCCACCGUACAAGUGGAGAAGAGUAGUUUCAAUCAACGAAUUCAACAACUUUGCCCAUCGUACCGCGUGGCGCAUCGGGUAGUACGGGGAACAACGGUAUCGAGACGGGCACAGAAUGGCGGACACGGGCACUCGCAUUCCGCCGGAGGACACGGGCAUUCACAUGGCGAUGAUGGAGGACAUCAUGGACAUUCACAUGGAAGUGGAGGAGGAAGUGAUGGAGGACAUGGGCAUUCACACGAUGGACAACAUGGACAUAGUCAU